AUGAUGCUGCUGCCUUUGGCUAGAAUUGGAUCUUGGCUACAACCUUGCAGGCGCCGUAAAUCUCACGGUGAGAUCUCACGUAAGGCGAAUAGACGUGUCCAUUACGCCGACUGCGAUCCCGUAAACGACAUUGAACAUCUCCCUCCCGUCAUUGGCAAGAACAAUACCGUCCUCUUUGUCGCCAACGUUGAGCACGAUCUCUCUAAUGUUCAGGUUGCGACCGUGUUCUCCCUCCUCGAACGCCACCCAGGAAUCACUGUCCACUUUGCAUCUUGGUCCAAGAUCAAGCCCAAGAUCGAGAGAAUUUCCGACUACGCGCGCAAGAAGACGCCCCAAACUCAUCCUGCUAUCUUCCAUGAGCUACCGGGGCGAAAUUCCUCAUUGAGCUGGAUGCAGCCUCCAGGUGUCGCAGGGCUGAAGGGUCUCAAUAAGGAUAUGGCGCAAUUCAUCUUACCAUGGUCGGGGAAAGACCAUCUCCCGAUAUACGAGAGCGUGAGAGCGCUUAUUCGGUAUAUCGAUCCUGCCCUCGUGGUGCUUGAUAUGUUUCAUCGACCGGGAAUGGAUGCAACGCGGGGAGAUGGGCGCCUACACGCAAUCCUAUCACCGAACGUUCUAGCUGACUGUUUCAACGGUGAUCAGCCAUGGCUGAAGGGAUUUUGGAAGUUCUCAGCAAUUGGCUCCGGUCACGACUUUCCAGUUCCUUGGCGUGAUAUCCCCACGAACAUCUACCAAAUGGGAAGCUUCGCUUGGACCAUGAUGUUCAAUGCAGAGCUCAAUGAAAGGCGCAAGUUUCUCGCCAGUCAUGGAUUACAAGACCCAAUCAACUUCUUCAAUAUUCAUCAACCUGGAAAGGGUGCAUUCAUUACCCAACACACUGCCGUAGCAGCCAUCCCCCUCGAUGUCGUUCCCGCCAAUGUCACUGCGACAGGUCCCAUUGUCAUAUCAAUUGCAUCGGUGGAGGAACAGGACCCCGAGCUAGCGGCCUGGUUGGCGAUGGCACCGACUGUGCUCUCAGCCCGAGAUAUGGCCGGCGCGUUAAAGAUCGUCAUGGAGCGUACGGAUGUUCAAGUUCUUUGGAAGCUCAACAGAGCUGCUAGUCUCAAGGCCUCAGAUUGGAAGCCAUUGUGGUUGACUGUUAAUCCUACGGCGUUGCUUGAGACGGGAAACAUUAUCGUUUCGGUUCAUCAUGGCGGUGCGAACUGUUACCACGAAGCCAUUGAUACCGGCGUACCGCAACUCAUCCUGCCUGCCUGGCUAGAUCUCUACAACUACGCUGCACGCGGGGAGGCAAUCGAAAUCGGAGUUUGGGGUAACAAACAAUCAGCGCCUGGUUUCUCACUAAUCGAGCUCAGCAACGCAUUUUUAAAACUGGUCGACGGCGGCUCUACCAGCCUAUUGAUGAGUCAAAACGCAAAGAAGAUUCAGGGAACUCUAUACCGCCCUGGCCGCGAUGUUGCAGCUGAUGAAAUCGCAAGGCUUGCAGCGUUGGGCUAUUAA